CGUGCGGACAAUAAAACUUCUCGUGUCAAUUCCAUGUGACGUGUACUGCAGUGCAUGGAUGUGACAGCAGUGAUCCAGGUGACACAUUCGGGUAGAAAAAGCUGUGCAACGCAAAAUGGCGGGAGAAGGGAUGGAUUAUUUGGACAUGAGGCCGUCGGUGCCGAAGGAUCGUUUUCCUAGGAUCAUCCUCAUUAUAAUCUUGGCGGAAUUUUGCGAGCGGUUCUCAUUUUCUGGGAUGAAAGCGUUCCUAACACUAUACCUGCGCAGUAAACUGGGCUAUACGGAUGAUGGGGCCACGGAGAUAUACCACCUUUUCAGCACGUUUGCGUACGUUUUCCCAAUAAUUGGAGGGGUCCUGGCUGACAAUUAUCUCGGAAAAUUCAGGACGAUAUUAUACUUGAUGUUUGUGUACGCUGCCGGAAAUAUUUUAGUUGCGGUGACCGCAAUACCUCAAGUGCCUUUUUCUGGACGUAUUUUCACUAUGAUUGGGUUACUGAUGAUAACCAUGGGCACUGGGGGCAUAAAGCCUUGUGUAACAGCGUUUGGGGGCGACCAGUUUAAGAUACCAGAGCAGGAACAUCAUUUGUCUAUAUUUUUCAGCAUAAUGUACUUCAACUUGUGUUUCGCUGGCCUUAUUUCGAAGGCCCUGUCCCCAGUUCUGAGAUCCGAAGUGCAUUGUUUCGGUGACAAAGACUGUUAUUCCUUGGCCUUUGGAGCACCUGCACUUGUUGUGCUGUUGUCUAUUGUUAUAUUUUUAAGCGCGAGAAAACGCUAUGUUCUGAAAAAACCUGAAGGCAACAUAUUGCUGGAUUUCAUUAAGUGUAUAUCGCUAGGAGUUAAGAAUGUGCUACAGAAAAAGACAGAAAAAGGUGUACAUUGGUUGGAUAGUACCCAACACUGUUACGAUUCCAAGUUUAUAAAGGACAUCAAGAGAACUCUGUCUGUAUUGGUUUUAUUCACUGCUUGCCCUGUCUUCUGGGCAUUGAUUGAUCAAAUGGGUUCAAGGUGGACGCUUCAGGCCACAAAAAUGGACGGCAGGUUCGGCUACCUGACGGUCAAACCUGAUCAAAUGAUAGUGCUCAAUCCUAUCAUAAUUCUCAUUGUCAUUCCUAUAGCUCAAAAGUACGUUUAUCCUUUCCUCGAAAGGCGGGACAUAUUGAAGAAUCCUUUGCAUAAGAUGACCCUGGGCGGUAUAUUGGCGGGGGUCGCUUUCAUAGCGUCCGGGAUACUGGAGAUUUACCUUAGGACCAAAUAUCCCCAACUGCCUCAACCGGGUUAUUCCCAAAUAAGAAUAUUCAAUGGCAACCCGUGUUCUGUGUCUCUCCAGAAUUACCACCAUAACAUAACGUAUACAAUACCUCCUCUAUCCCACUUCGUCAAAAAGGAUGUUAAAGUAACAGGAACACAAAAUAUCAUGUUAGAUUUGGGUGGCAGUUGUAUUGUACCCAGAAAAGAAAUGUUUUUAUUGGAAGAGAAUAGUGCUGUUUCAUUUUUUAUAGAUGGAAAUGAUAUACAUCGGUAUAAUGAUGUUUUGGAAAAGAGCAAAUCUGGAUUUCCAGUAGUCAGAUUUUUAGUAACACAGCGAGUUACUGGUCAAAAUAUAACGUUUACCAGAGAAUCGAAUAACGAAGUGGAGGCAUAUAUUCAUCGUGGCGUUUCGAAGACAAUAGAAAUAUUCACGGAUACCUAUUCCAUUAGAUUAGACACAGCUAGUACAAUAAACGUAACAAUCAACAAAGGGGCAAUACAUCAAACAAAAACAGCUAAUAGUACAGAAAUUGCCAUAUUAAAUAACAAGAUAUUUAGUAAUAUUGUUGCUAGAGACUUGAGAAUGGAGAGUGGCGGGGUGUACACUGUGAUACUGGAUCGGAACGACAACGGAUACGAGGUGAAUGUGGUCAUCAUCACAGAAGCGAACACGAUAUCGAUGGUGUUGUUGUUUCCACAAUUUCUGAUCAUGUCCGUUGCUGAGCUCCUAUUCGGGAUCACGGGCAACGAGUUUGUCUUCAAAGAGGCUCCUGAAAGUAUGAAGGCUGUGCUGACAUCAGCGUGGCUGCUGACUGAAGCCAUGGGCAACGUUAUCAUCAUCGUCAUCACCAGAUUCCUGGUUGGGUACGGACAGCACACGCAGUUCUUCUUCUACACGGUCCUUAUGUUCAUCUCCAUCACGAUAUUCUACUUUCUAUCGCGUGGGUACAAGUUCUGUCAUGAGGAAGAACACGCGAGGAAAGUCAGGAGUCCUAGCGAGGUGUUGUACCUGCAAGUGAAGCAGACAGAAGACUGUCUUGAUCAUUAGUUUUAAUUAAUAAAAAAAUAUGUUGUUCACGGCUCGACUUCGGCAAAAAAGUUAUGUAACUCUUCGGCUCUCCAACUGUCUCUACACAAAAAAUCCAAUCAGUUCAAUGCUCCAUUUUGACGUGACGCGGGUCUGUCCACACGUUAAAUAAGUUUAUUUGUUAGACAAAUUAAAAAACCCCCGACUUU